UGCGGACUGAAAAUAGCGAGCUGAGGCAUGUCAGAUUGGGACGUCGACGUACAUUAGGCUGAACCCCCAAACCAUCGCGUCGUGGUGCCGAAAUCCCGCACAUUUGACUCGCUUCGAGUUUACAACACCUGGUCCGAUGCGGACCUGAUGGCUUCAGAACUGCCUGAAUCGUCUGCGCAGUGGUUUGAAAGUUGCAGCUCGGUUGGCAAAGAUGCCGAGACCACCACAAGGGAACAUGAGAGCUUCAAGAAGAGAGUAUUGCGCGCCCUGAAGCUUAAGGAGCGGGACGCCGAGCUUGCCAGUUCCAGGGAGGGAAUACAAAAGCAGCUAUCUGAAAUCCCGACCGAAAGCCCCAUCUCGAGCUCGCUGGUCAUUCACGAGUUGGACUCUGCCACAAAGGCACACGAUGCCUACCAGCAGGAUCGCGCCAAAGGGCACAAGAAGGUGACCAGCGCGGUUCAACACCGUCUCAACGCCGUUGCUCAAUUCAUAGGCGGAUUUGAGGGGAUCAUAGAAAAGGUCGCAUCAGCCGGAGGGCCAUAUGGAGAAGUAGCCUACCAAACCCUAUCAAUCCUGUUGAUGGUCGUCGUGAACAAGACCAAAAACGAUACUCGUGUUGUCGAGCAUCUGGAGGAAGUCAAAAAGCUGCUCCCUACGCUAGAUGUUUGGCGUGACAUCUACCCCAACCCUACCAUGAGAGACUUGGUUGCCGAGGCCUAUCAGCAAGUUCUCGCCUUCUCCCGGGCCGCUACCGAGUAUUUGACUCGUUUCUGGCAUCGUGUUUAUCUGGCAAUCAACCCCUUGGCGACCGUUCAGUUCGAGGAUGUUGCCACUAGCCUCCAUAAGACACUCGCAGAGAUCAACGCUGUGGCGAUGCUCGGACUUCACGAAGCUUCUCGCACGAUCAAGCAAACCGUGUUAUCCCUCAAGACAGACUUAGACAUGGCGAGAGAGCAGGCGGCAAAGUAUCAUCAGGAGUUGCUCCAACAAGCCGAGCAGGCUGCGAGGGAACGGCAGAAACUAAUGCUUCAGAAUGACGAACUGAAUUCUCAGAUCGAGCAACUGAAAUGGGAAGAAGAGCGGCGCGAGCGACAGGAAGACCUGAGAAAACUUGCUGCAUUUAGGGAGCUGCUUGGAGUUGAUCCAGAGCUAAAAGGAACACACUUUCCAUCCGUGAAGAGCGUGCUAAUGGAUGUGUUUCCAAACCAUCAAAAGUUCUCCCCCAACGUCCCGUACACUGCAUACCUGCAGCUUCACGAAGCAUACUUCAAGGGCCUUUCCCAAUACCAACAAUGGCUGGACCAUUCCAGGUCCAGCCUGUUAUUCUUGAGUGGUUCCACCCAUGCCGAAGGUCGAAGAUUCAAGGGUUUCACACACUGCUGGCUCUCCCCAGCGGCUAUCUACAUCGCCGAAGGCCUCACUCGCCGGGGCUGCAAGGUAGCCUACUUCUCGUGUCACCCCGACCUCGAAAGCACCUACGUACCUGGUGAUACCGUUCUUUCAUCCAUCAUCUACCAGAUUCUGGAAUGGAGGCCCGAAAUUCUGCGCAACAAGGAAUCCCAGCUUCAACAGACCUUUGCAAGCGGUCAUCACAGAACAAAGGAGCACAUGCUGGUCGACCUGCUAGGGGAAGUUCUCCUCGAGUUUCGAGACCUGGGCACCGUCUACAUCGUCAUUGACCGGCUCGACCGCUGCCAGUCAAAGAUUGACAAUAUCGGCGACGAGCUGGCCCGGCUCAUCACCGUCUUUGGAUCGGUCGAGUUCCGCAUCAAGAUUGCCAUGGUUGCCGAGACAUCGGGAGGACAGGGAAACUGGCAUUGGACAUUCCUGCCCGAGCAUGAAUACGCUACCGAUAGGCUGUUUAUUAAGCAAGACUGGAACCAGCGCCGGCUUACUCCCAUGGAGAGCGCCCUGCCGAGAAGGCCGUCGAUUUGGAGUACGCCGAGCAGCGAUCAGAGUACGCAGACUGUUUCAUGAGGACGUGCGAGUAGCUGUGAUGCUCUCAGCAUAUAUCGUGCACUCUAUUGGGCGUGUAAUAUGUAUACCUGUUUAGUACUCGCAUUCACAAUACAAGGGGUACAUGUAUGUUUACACAACCACCGACACAAAACGAACGCAAUACA